ACUGUUAUAAAUAACAAGAAUCCAACACAAAGAGGGAAGCGUGAUAUGUCCAUACGUAUAUUUAUUUAUCUGCAAAAGUAAGAAAAUGAAACACGAAGAGAAUAUGAGUGAAAGAAUAUAAGUAAGUAAGAAAAUGAGAAAAAAACAGUAAUGAUGGGAAGAGAAUCUAUUCUUCGACAGCUGCAUCUCGAUAACAUACAAACGUAUUUCAUUCGCAAUCUAUGUAGAAGUAUAAGUACAAAAAAAUCUUUUUAUACAUUGCUUCGCAAUUAUGUGCAAGUGCGAUGCAGUUUAAGUAUACAAUCAAAUGUACGUGAAGUUUGAAAAAAUAUUAUAAGAAUAAAAUGAUUCAUUUCUUCUUUCUCUUAAUGCUCUUUUGUUGAUAGAAAUCUAUUUCUAUUCCGAAACAACAAUAUGAUUAUAAUACCUAGAAAAUAUAUUACUUCUGUUUCAUUAAUUGAGGGUGAGGGUGUGUGUUUGGGUGGGUGUAGGUGCGCUGAGGAUGGGUAUGUGUGUGCGUUUGAGUGAAGAUAUAAUUAAUAAAACAUCUACACCCUCACCAGCACCUACACCCUCAGCUCAUCGCUGCCGAAUAGAUUGCAAGGAAUAUUAGGUAAUUGGUCUGAGUUUCACGACUUUGAUCAUGUUUGAAUAGAACUUUUGCUACUUAUUGAUAAGAUCCAUCCAUUUUUAGAGUUUUGCUUUUGCAUAUAUUGAAUUUAGAGUUGAAUUUAUGUACAUCUUUUUCAUGUCUCUCAGAAAAGUACAUCAUAUGGUGAUGAACAAUUCUGUUUGUGAUUCAUCUGUUACAAAAAUACUUAUUGCGCAUAAGGAAAUAAAGAACGUGAUUAAAGGUGAGUCCUGACAAAGCAGAUUAUUUAAUAGAGUCAAAUAAAAAAAUAUCAAAAAAAUCAUGACUUAUUCAUUGACGUCAAUCAUUUAUUGACGAUGAUAGUUAAUAUCUUAUUUUAACUGCAACACGUCCGAUGAUUGUCCUAGAUUAUGAUUAAUUUUUUUUCUCUGUAUCACGUUCUUCUUCAAUAAACUCAAAUAUUUUUCUAUGAAAUCAAAUGAUGAGUUUUGUUGAUUAAUCCAAUCUAAAAUUAAUUAUUUGUCUUAUCUACGAUGAAACCUUCUCUAGAACACUAUUUUUUCUCUUUGUAUUAUCUUGGAAGAAAUAAAUGAGAGAAAAAGAGAAAUAUGUAAUUAGAGAGAAAAUCUACAAUGAGUGUCAUUUUAUUUUCAUCGAAGACGAAGAAGAAAUAGAUUAUUUAAUCAGUUGACCAAUUUAUCAAAAAAAUCUUUUUGAAUGAUGUGGAAUAUUUAUGUAUUUGCCAUUAUUCUUCUGUUCAUUUUCAACAAUGAAACAUCAGGUAUAUACUUUUAUUUAUCACAUACUGAAGAUCAGCUAUUGCACAAAAAGACAUUAUUCAUUAGUUUUAGUUAAACAAAAGAGAGUCAAAUAAAAGAUUAUCGAAUUUGACAGGAAUUUCUGUAUUUAAUUAAUGAUUAGCAAGAGAGUUUUCUUCUCUCUUUCACACAUUAGAUUCACCCGAAAGGAUGUAAUAUAAAAAUAUUCAUAAUGUUUAGAUUUCGAUCAAUUUUUUUGUCUUCCUUGGAAAUCAAAUCUUUUUAAAAUUAUUCUUAUUGAAUUUUUCGAAAAAAAACAUGAACUAAUGGUUUCAUUUCGUCUCCAGUUCUUGUCUAAUGUUCUUUUUUUUCUCAAUUUUAGCUCUUUCAUUCAAUCAACCAAAGUUUUGUCCAACAGCCAUUUGGAAUUCCAAUGGUAUUACAAUUGCUAAUCGAUCGAUUGUUGGUCAGUCUUUUUUCGCCAUUUUUGUGAACACAAACAACACAAUCUAUGUUGCUAAUCAAGAAGAAAACACAAUUGUAAUGUGGCAAGAAGAGAAUGUCAGUUCAACAAAGAUCAUUUCGGGUAACUUUAUAGAACCCAAUUCUCUCUUCGUGAUAUCGAAUGGUGAUAUUUUUAUUGACGAUGGUGUUAAGAAUGGUCGAGUGCAGAAAUGGAGCGUAGAAACAAAUAACUUUGUUACAGUGAUGAAUGUCAGUUCAAAAUGUGAUGGUUUAUUUGUCGAUAUCAAUGAUACUCUUUACUGUUCAAUGCCUGAGCAUCAUCAAGUAGUGAAAAGAUUAUUAAGUAAUUCUAUGCUGAAUUCAAAUCGGGUUGCUGCCGGAACAGGCAUUUACGGAUCAGCCUCAAAUCAAUUCCAUGGUCAACAUGGAAUUUUUGUCGAUGUAAAUUUGGAUUUAUAUGUGGCAGAUUGUGAAAAUCAUCGAGUUCAGCUAUUUCAGUCAGAAGAACCAAAUGGCAUUACAGUAGCUGGAAGUAAAUCACUAAAUCCAACAAUUACACUUCGUUUUCCGACUGGAGUGAUAUUAGAUGCUGAGAAAUAUUUAUUCAUUGUGGAUCGGUACAAUCAUCGCAUUGUUGGUUCAGACUUGAACGGUUUUCGAUGUUUAGUUGGAUGUUAUGGAAUGGGUUCACAAUCCAAUCAAUUGAAUAAACCAUUUAGCUUGAGUUUCGAUCAUUCUGGAAAUAUGUUUGUUACUGAUCAAGUAAAUCAUCGAAUUCAAAAAUUUUUACUGAUGAAGGAUUCUUUUGGUAAGUUGAAGAAAUGUGAAUAG